GGCCGCGGGCGCGCGCGCGCUCGCCGCCGCUCUCCCUUCCUCCCUGCCCCCCUCUCCGCACACACAUCCACACGCGCACACCCCCCUGCCCUCCCUCCCCGCGCGCCGCCCGCCCCGCCGGCCCCGCUCGCCCUCGCGCGCUCGGAAGGGAGUCGCGAGACGUCGGAGCGGCGGCCACGUAGCGCUGCGGCGGCGGCCGAGGCCGGGUCUGCGGAGCGGCCCGGAGUACGGACCUUGGGCGAGGGGGGAGGGGCCGGCCCGGCCGGCGGUUGUUACUCGAGCACCGCGGCUACAGGCCCCCCGCCGCAGGAUGGACCGCCGAGGCGGCGGUCGGGGCGGCGGAGGCGGAGGCGGCCGGCCCGGGUAGAUGCAGGGCUUGGAAACUGGGAAACAAUGGCAUAGCGGCGGAACACGGACGGAGCAGUGGUGCCGGCAGCUCACCACUAAUAUGAACAGCUUGCUUUAACUUCUGCAGCACUCCUCUUCAGACACCCUGCCCUUAGGAGGUUUCAGAUAAGAUGCUCCAAGUCACCCGCAGCCGUCUUCAAAGGGAGAAUCACUAGUGCUCUGCUCUUGCCGUAACACCAAACCUUUUGACUUGCGCUUUGGUGCUCCCACACUGGAAGGAUUGCUCGCAGUCUGAACUGCUUAACAGAUCGGCCACUUACCAAUGAGCCACACCGCCAGUCCCUGUCGGGACCUGGCCGAGGACCACGCUGCACAUGCAGCAGGAAUGGCACAGGAGGACAGCCGUCGUGGCCCAGUGCCGUCUACCUUCUAUCAUGGUGCCAACCAGGAACUCGACCUGUCCACCAAAGUGUACAAAAGGGAAUCAGGAAGUCCUUACUCUGCGCUAGUGGACAGCAAGAUGAGCAAACCGCAUCUGCAUGACACCGAGGAACAGCCCUAUUUCAGGGAGACAAGGGCCGUGUCUGACGCGCAUGCCGUUAAAGAAGACCGGGAGAAUUCUGACGACACCGAAGAGGAGGAGGAGGAGGUCUCUUACAAAAGGGAGCAGAUCAUAGUGGAGGUAAACCUUAAUAAUCAAACAUUAAAUGUAUCUAAAGGGGAAAAGGGUGUCUCUUCUCAGUCCAAAGAGACUCCUGUUCUUAAGACAAGCAGUGAGGAGGAAGAGGAAGAGAGCGAGGAGGAGCCCACAGACGACAGCAGCGACUACGGAGAGAAUGAGAGGCAGAAGGAAAAGGAGAAGGUGGCGGAGAAAGGCAGCGUCGCGCAGAGGAGGACGAGGAGAGCGGCCUCCGCCGCCGCAGCUGCCGCCUCCCCCACUCCCAGAGCCACGAGAGGUCGUAGGAAGAGCGUAGAGCCACCUAAGCGUAAGAAGCGGGCUGCAAAGGAGCCCAGAGCACCAGUCCAGAAAGCUAAGUGUGAAGAGAAAGAGACUCUGACCUGUGAGAAGUGCCCCAGGGUGUUUAAUACUCGCUGGUACCUGGAAAAGCACAUGAACGUUACUCACAGGCGCAUGCAGAUUUGUGAUAAGUGUGGCAAGAAGUUUGUCCUGGAAAGUGAGCUGUCCCUUCACCAGCAAACAGACUGUGAAAAAAACAUUCAGUGUGUUUCCUGUAACAAAUCAUUCAAGAAACUCUGGUCCCUUCACGAACACAUCAAGAUUGUCCAUGGAUAUGCAGAGAAGAAAUUUUCCUGUGAGAUCUGCGAGAAGAAAUUCUACACCAUGGCUCACGUGCGGAAACACAUGGUCGCACACACAAAAGACAUGCCUUUUACAUGUGAAACCUGUGGAAAAUCGUUCAAGCGCAGCAUGUCACUCAAGGUGCACUCCUUGCAGCAUUCUGGAGAGAAGCCCUUCAGAUGUGAGAACUGCGACGAGCGCUUCCAGUACAAGUACCAGCUGCGCUCGCACAUGAGCAUCCACAUCGGGCACAAGCAGUUCAUGUGCCAGUGGUGCGGCAAGGACUUCAACAUGAAGCAGUACUUUGAUGAGCACAUGAAGACGCACACUGGAGAGAAGCCCUUUAUCUGUGAAAUCUGUGGCAAAAGCUUCACCAGCCGCCCCAACAUGAAGCGGCACCGCAGAACGCACACCGGCGAGAAGCCCUACCCGUGCGACGUGUGUGGCCAGCGGUUCCGCUUCUCCAACAUGCUCAAGGCCCACAAGGAAAAGUGCUUUCGGGUGACCAGCCCCGUGAACGUGCCGCCCGCCGUCCAGAUCCCGCUCACGACCUCCCCCGCCGCCCCGGUGCCGUCGGUAGUGAACACCCCCACCACCCCCGCGCCUCCGAUGAACAUGAACCCUGUGAGCACUCUGCCCCCGCGGCCCAUCCCCCACCCCUUCUCGCACCUGCACAUCCACCCACACCCUCAUCACCCACACCACCUGCCCAUCCCUCCCGUGCCUCACCUGCCCCCCCCUCCAGCGCUCUUUAAGAGCGAGCCUUUAAAUCACAGAGGCCAGGGCGAGGACAGCUUUCUGCGGCACCUGGCAGAGAAGAACAGUCCGGCACAGCAUCACUAACAUCCACCUCCUUGUGUGUGUUCUCUGUGCGCCGGGCGCCCGCGUAUGAGCGCGCAGAGGGGGCUGGCGAGCGUGUCUGCACCUGGCAGGCUCUCCUCGGCCCCCACCAGGAGCUCCGCCAUCGUCUCGGUGAAUCGGCACACCCAGGGGUGAGCAAGACCACCCUGAGCUCAUGGAGGGGACUGUCGUCUAAACCAGGGGACCACCAAACCGAAGCCCGAUUUGCUUGCAUUUUCUGGUGACUUUUAUAAAUUUCAAGUACUCAGACUCGUGGAAUUUUAUAAUUUCAUAUCAGCCGAUGAGGUAUGCUUGCUUUUAUAUCCUGGACUUCUCCUCAAAGAGGGGACAGGCCUGGUUUCCUUUGUACUAAUCGGGGAGGCUGUGAGGUUAACCCAGAGCAUUAAUUGCAUCACUGUGCAUCGUAAUGAAUUCUCUUCAGCUUCCGGUGCUGGCUACAGAGCGGGGCUGGCCGCGUCUCACGCAUAUCACGCAUUAUAGAGAAGGGCGGAAGUCUUCUCCUUUGUGUAGCUCUCCUAACACACUCUUUAUUUUACUACAGAAAUUAUUUUAGAGUUUUUGUAUAGACUUUAGUAGUCUGUUUCUAAAAUGAAAUGUAUUUCAAUAAGCGGUGUAAUUUUUUCAGUGUAGCUGGACCUAUGUUGUAAACUAGAAAAAAAAUUUUAUAAUCAUCAAAAUGUGAUUCUUAAAAGAUGCAUAUAACUUCUAUAGUUCAAAGUUAUUCUGACACCCGUACAACUCAAAGGUGCUGCGGAGACUGGGCGUGUCUGAGAGGGUCUCCGGACCGGGCCACGCGAAGGCGAGGUUCUGCUUGCAGAUCUUGGCGUCGGUCCUGGGUGGUCUUUUAGUCUCUGCCUAACACUCAAGUGUCUUUGGGCUCCCGUCCUCCGUGUCGCGUCCUCCGUGUCUCGUCAAGCGGGCCACUAGCAGAGCGUGGGACCUUCUCCGGGAAGCCACCCGCGGCUCGCACGCUUUGGAGGGCCGAGUCCAGCCGUUCACGUCCAGAGGAGGAAGUGGUGGAGAUUGUCUCAUCCCGGCUGCGUCUGUCUCUCACUUCCCUCGGGAACUGUGUUCGUGUUCGGCCCCCGUGGGAUGACACAUCGAAGUCUCAUAGUGCGCUUCCUGUUUUGAGGUUGCUUUAUUUUUCUAGAACCGUUUCAGAAAGCAGUGCACUAAAAUCACAGAUGCGGCGGCGCUGAGAGUGGCUGAGAAACCCGGGUGAUAACAGACCAGCGUUAUCACUGAUGUUUCACAGCAUCUGCUCCACCGCCGGGUGCGCCCACCGCUCCGAGCUCUAGUCCAGCACAGCUGAAAUCUGUGGUGCGGGGGAACAACUGCGUGUGUUGCCGUGUCCUCUGCAAACAGUUUUGUGGCGGCUGCGUGCACGGGCGGUGGGAGCAGCAUCUCUAGUGUCGGGCCUCUGGCAGGGCACUUUUUUCAGCUCGGAGAGCGCAGUCAGCCAGGGGCUUAUUAAGGAGAGGCAGACCCGAAGGGCUAACAUACCGAUGUGUUUUACUGAUCAAAUGUAUCCAGACUCAGUAGAGCUAAAAAUUUUGUAAUUUUUCACCUCAGAGAACUGAAUUCCAAAGCUAGAUCUACUUACUUUCUCUGCCUGUCAUGAUUUUUUUUAAUCUUGAAUUUUUUUUUUCAUUUUCUUUCCUCAGCCUCUUAAAUCAUUGCCUGAAUCAGAACCCUGGCUUUUAUUUAUUUUUAAUUUUAGAUAUGCAGACAUACUUUAAGCACCUUCCUGGCCGAUAAGCUCUGUGGUAGGCAAAAGUGGAGCUCUUUCCAUUGAGGUUAAGUCCCUGUUCUUAAAAUACUACAUUCUCUGUUAGCUUUCUGGUUUAAUCUGUCCACUUUGUUCCGAUAUUGCCUUUGUUUUCUAUCAUGAGCAUAGAAAAAUUUGGGAAUGAGGCAGAAAAGUAUCUCAAAAGACAACUUUCCCCCUGGUUUGGAUGUAAUUUCUAAAGAAUGGUGUUUUAAACAUGUGGAUACACUCUUUGAGCAUCUAGGCACCCAGACCAAUGAGGGGGUUGAUCCCCUGUAUGUGACGGUCGACUGAGUGGCCGCCUCCUGCUGCUCCCACUGUCCCUCCAACCCCACGAUGAGCCUGGGGGCCCUGCCUCUGAGCAGACAGGCCGUCAUCUCACGGCCAAACCUGUAGCAUUAAAAUUAGUUUUUAAAGAUGUAAACUGAAGCUUAGUUCAUUGGCUGUACCUUUCUCUGUCCUAAAUAAAUUUGUGGAAUAGGGCAGCAGUUGUGAUUUCUGGACCUGAGACCACCGAAGCAACUGUUUCAUGAGGUGUACUGUAAUUAUACACUGGAAAAUUCAGGUAGUCAUCUUCGAUUUUUUUAGUCAAGCGAAUAUAGCCAUAAGAAAUUAUCUGCCGCAUACAUAGGAAAACCAGUCUUAAGCAAAUAAUCACCACCACUCAUAGCAUAAGCAAAAAAAAAAUUUUUUUUUGAAUCAACAUUGUCACACAAUACAGUUCUAAGCGAAUGGUAUUGUGGGACAUUCUGGAAACUUCCAGCUUUUUUUAAUAUAUGAGUAUACCUCCUCUGACUUGGGAUUUGUGGUCUUGAGGGAAAUGCCCAGAACGUCACUGACUCUUUGUGAGUGUCGGUUACCUGCGAAGAGCAAAAUGCAUUAAGAGUAUUCACAGCUUCGGCGUCUGAGCUCAAGAAGCGCAGGGUUAAUUAAGCCUUAAACGUGCACACACGUCGGGUGCAGCUCGCUCCAGCCUCAUGCCCAGGGCCUCGGAUCUGACGGGGCCUCUCCUGAGGUCAGAGUUCCCUCCCACCCGUAGCAGAAGCGCCCAUGGCUUUUAAACUUGUUCUCUUUGCUGUCUGUUCAUGAAGAAGAACCGUGGAGGGGUUUGGGUUCUCAGCCACUAUCUGUACUUAAAUGAGUCUUUCAAAGGCAACAGCGGCCACCUCUGCACACCACACAGAGACCAGAUUGAGGCUGUCUCGUCGCUUAGCUGUGUUGUCUUCGAAGGCUUGUAUCGUUGCUGGGGUUGAGACCUGCUUGAGGAAAAUUCGCAGGGACUUUCUCGAGUUGGUGCUGCUUUUUCUCCUUUUUCUGUUCUUUUCUCAUGGGUUUAUCAUUGAAACAUAACGUCUUUCUCAGCCUUACGGAAAGGCUGCUUGCUGCUCUCUCGCGUGAAGUCAGGUAGGCCCGUCCCAAGUGAGGUUUCCCAUUGAGUAGAAGAUGAACAAUGGGAAGCCAUCCGGCCUCAUCUCCGUGUCUGUCUGUGAUUUGAUUGAUGGUUAUUUCCAGCAAACAGGGAGGCCGCUACAUAAAACUUUACUGGGGUUCAAAGAAGCCUUCGCACAUCAGGUCCACGAGCUUUUCCAGCCCACCCUUGCCACUCGCGCUUCUCUGGGCGACCAGCUCCGGCAGCGCGUGGGCGCGGUGUCUCUGCACUGCGUGGGCGGGCGGGAGCCGCCUCCCCCUGUGGUCGCGCGCUCCCCCCACUGGCUUGUCCCUCCUGUACUGACCGAAGGCAAAAUACGCUGAAGAGACACUUGGGAUAUUUGAGUUUUCUACUCUUGACAGUUUUUUCAGUUUUUAUGUUUGUUGAGUGGAUGUGUAUGUUUAGUUUCAUUGUGAUUUCACUGGAUGUUUGAAAUUUUCAGAAGAUCAAGCAGAAAAAGAAAUCCAUUGCAGAUGUGUAUAUAUUUACCCCAUCUUGCACAUUUCAGUUUGUGGGACACAGAUGGUGGUGGGUUUUAUUGUAGGAAAAAAAAUAAUGAAAGAAAACUAAAGUUAGAGAAACCUUUCUAUUUGAGCUACUGUACAGAAGAGGCAUCUUUUAUUGCAUUGCUGAUCCACACGAUGACCAUUUCGAUGCUGUUCUAGACUGUAUGGGAAGUAUUUAAUGAAAAAGCGGUUAGGGUACCUUUAAGGGUUUUAUCAGCUGUGUACCAUUACAAAAAUAAACUCACUUGGAACUCUU